AUGAAGUUCUUAUCAGUUGUAAUUUUAAUAUUUUGUAUUUGUAUAAUUAUCAAAUGUGAUGAGAGAUGUCAAAAUAUAGAUACUCCAAUAUGUAGUAGUGAUCAAGAACUUGUUAUAGAGAAAUAUAACAAUGGAUGUACCUAUCCUAGAUGUAUCAAAGGUUAUGAGAUAUGUCAAAAUAUAGAUACAUUAGUCUAUGUUUUGGCAAACUGGGGUAGAGUAUAUGAUGGUACUUUGAAAAUUUAUAGUUUUCUAACUCUUUAA